AUAUAGCUUUGUAUUUUAUGAAGCUGGUUAUCAUUAAAAACUUCUUCACUUUUAGAAACUCCCUGUAGAUAACCACAGGAGAAAAUAAGGUGUUUAGGAGAAGGUAAUAAUAAUAUGAGUGCCAUAAGCACAGAAUCUUAACAGUGGCCCAGCAGUGAGUACAAUUUAGGAACUACUGGUUUAGCCCAUCCCUCUCAUAAGAAAACAAAUGAGGAAACGGAGACUCAGAAUAAGGAAGAUAUUCUUUUCUAAGAUCAUACAACUGGUUAUCAUUAAGCUCUGUUCUCCUCUGUCCCUCCUCAUCUAGGUAAUUGCAUUCGACAACAAAUUCUGCAGUGUUAAAGUGAAGGAAAUUGGAUAUAAAAUACCCAACAAUUGUGAUGUGGGCUUUCAAGAAGGUGAUGGUUCCAGAGGCUGGUGUGUACUAUAGGGGAGGCAUAGACACAGCGAACACUUGUCGUAUAGCACCUUGUGCUGAAGGCCUAAACUCCUCAAUUUCUCAGAGCACGAAGAAAAAUCUUUGGGCCUGCCUCAAAGGUUGCAGUGGCAGAGAUUUCCUCUGGAGUCAAGCAAAAGACGGCUUGAAUCCCAUCUUCUCGGCUUAGCAAAAAACCACCUUCCAUCUCUUUAUUCAUGCUACUCUUUACUAUUAUCAUUCCUAUAAAAUGUUAUAGGAAUAAUAAUAGCUAACAGUUCUGGGCCCUUGUUAUCUGCCAAGCACCUCUGAUGCAUUAUCUAACUUAACCCUCAAACUAAUACUGGAAGGCAGUUAUUAUCAUUCCACACGAUAGGUGAGGACAUCUGCACUCUGAAUGGUUAAUCGCUUAUCUGCAUUUAUACAACUAAGCAGGUGACAGAAUAGGAUUCAAACCCAAGCGGCUUUAUUCCAGAGUCCGCACUUAACGCUACCGCUAUCUUGUGCAACUUAAAUGGAGAUAAGGGUUGCAAAGGCCUGGCACAUAGCGGGCAGGGAAUGUCAGUGUUUUUUCCACCCAAGUGGCAGCGCGAGUCCGUUGUAACCCGGGAUCCAGAACCUUCUCCGUAGGGGCCUUGCCUGGGACUACAACUCCCAGGAUGCCGCAGGCGGAGAAGCUGGCCAAUCAGGGGGCGCCUCUUCGCCUUCCCAGUCGACUCCCUGCUCCUGUCAGAACCUCGGUGACGGUUGGCUGGGUGGGUAGUGACAGCUGCUCUGUCUUGAAGGAUCCGGAUCUGGUUUGGGAGGGUGAAGACCGCUGAAAUUUCCAGGCUGCCCGAGGCUCUAUCUUCCACCACCCAACGGGUGGGCAGUGGGCCAGGCUGGCCUCGGGGCCUCACACCCCGCGUGGCAGUGGGCCAGGCUGGCCUCGGAGCCUCUCCCUGGGUGUCGGUUGGGCGGAGAAGGGGGCAGCUGGCUGGGUGGGCCGGGCGGCUGGUGUCUCUCCCCAGGCCAGAGUCACUCUGAGGCCAUUUUACAUUGCCCUAAUCCUGUCCACUUGGCAAGAAACUUAGCAAGCCCCUAAGGUUCAUUCCAAAUCCUGUGUGGGAGGGCGAGGACUGUGGAAACUUCCAGGUGCCUCAGACUCCAUCUUUGGCCGUUGAGCGGGUGGUUGGGCUGCUCACGGCCCCAAAGAUCUGGGGGGUCUUCAUGGGCGGUUGGGUCGCUGAGGGCCCCAAAGAUCUGGGGCUCCUCCCGGGUGUCGGUUGGGCCAAGGGGGAGGCUGGGCUUUCGGAGUAGAACCUGCGGUGCUAACGAUGGUUCCGCGGGGCUGAGCGCCUGGGCGGCGUCCUGUGGCCCGGAGAUGGCGCUUUAGUGGUAUCAGGCCUUGAGUGGGGGCAUCCUGGCUUCUGACCCCCCAUUCCUUCGGCCCCUACAGCCUGGUCUCCGCUUCCCCACUCCCGGUGGAUUGCUGUUGGAGCCGCCUCUCCUUUGUAGGUAGUGGCCUGGCCGAGCUCCCUGGGGAAGGCUUGACCCAACCCUGUCCUGCCUCCAGUCGAGUCCCAGCCACAUGCUGCUGUGCCCUCACCCCAGCCACCCGCUGGGCACUCGAGGGCCUUGGAGAACCGGACCCCAGAGCGGAGAGAGGCCGCUGUCUUGGGUUCUAAAACCAUUUAGUUUCUACUUUACUCUUUUUGGAAAACUUUUCCCUCGUUUUUGAAGUUCUUUAAUUCCAUCGCUCCACCGCAUGUUAAAAUAUCAUCUUUUUCCUUCCAACUUGACUCUUGGUUUGGCAUGCCCAGGGAAGAUAACUGACAUCCCGGAGAAUAGGGUCUUAGGGGUAGAUGCAAAGCACAUUUUACUAAUGUCUGGGAAACAAAAUUAGUUCUUUUACAGUGGCUCUGAAAUGAGAGAAAUUGGAGAAAUUCUCCCUGCUCAGGAAAAAGUAGAGGCAAGAACUGACUUAAAGAUGGGUAAGAAGAGUGCUACUGAUCAUAAGCUAAAUGUGGACAAAGUAAUUAAAAAUAUUAACACAAUUUCUUUGGAGUUGAAGAAGAUAAAAGCAGCCACAGCUAAGGGGACUGGGAUUGCCAAGACCAGUUUGGACCAGUCAGAACUUACUACAGGAGCUGGGGAAAGGAACACCUCAAACGAAACCAAGCUGUGACACCAAGAAGAAGAGGGCGUGGCCGUUAGUUAGGCACCAAAUAGUGAGUGCCUAUUAUGCUUUUUCCAUGUAUUCUCCCUAGGACAGCAUUUCCUGGACUUUGAUCUGAGAACCCUGCUGUUUCAAGAGAUGUUAAUAGAUGGUGUACAGUAAAACAGAGUCCAUGUUCUUAUGGCCAAAUAAGUUUGGGAAGUGCUUUAUGCUAUGUAUUUCACAAAUUUGCAGUGCAUAUUAAGAAAUCUGACUACCUUUAAUUCAUCAUUUCUCAAAACCAGCCUCAACACCACAGUGAAGAUUCUCCCUCUAAAAUGUCAAUCUGCAGAAAACCCUCACUGACUCACCAUUGUCCUUAGGAUAAAGUCUAAACAUCUUAGAAUGGACUAUAUGACCUGCUCAGAUCAGGCCCCUCUUUUCCUCUCUAGUCUCUCACUCUGUUCUUCCUGCAUGUUCUGUGCUCUAGCCAUACUGAACUAUUUGCAUAUCCACAAGUGCUUUUCUGUAUCUGCUUCAACACAUACUUGUCCUUCUGAAAUCCCAUUGCUAUACCCCAUCUCCAACACACCAGGUUAACUACUAGUAGUCAAGGUCACUUACAUUGGAAAACCUUUUUUGAGCCAGCGUGUUAUCCUUUCUGCCCUUUGCUAUCACCCGUUAUACUAUUUUAUAAUUGCUUAUUUCCUUACUUUUCUUAUCCCUGCUCAACUGUAAGCUCCUUACGGGUAUUUCUAGUACUUAACACCGUGGCUCAAUUGAUUAGAUUCUUGAAAAAUGUUUAUUAAAUGAAUAAAUGGUUCUGGAUGCUUGAACUCAUUUAAAACAGUUAAGCUUUAGAUUCCCCCCAAACUCUAAUUGUUCUAGUUUGGAGAAUAAUCUUUCCUGAAAUAAAAUGUAAUAACUA